GUGAGCAGAAAACUUAAUCCAGCCAAGGUUUAUUCAAAGUGCAUUUUCACACAGAAGUGCUAGUCCUAGAUUGCUGAAAGUUAUGUAUUAGUACGAAAGUAAACUUAACUGAACCUACUGAAAGAUAAACAGAGCAGGUACCACACCAGAUGGCGCCCCGUCCCAACAUGCAACACCUUCGCAUUCCACGUAAUUUGGUGUUAAGAGGUUGUGGUCAUUUCACAUAUUUCUGUGAGAUCAGCUUGGCUGAAUUGACCAAUGGUGCAUUUUGUUGCCUAUUAAUCAAAGAUGUGAAUAGUUAUUUAUUCUUUCAAGAGUUUUGCUCAUAAAAAAUCCAAAUUAAAUUGAAAAGAGCACAUUUGGAACAUGAUGGGUGAUACUGAAAGGGUACUUGGAGACGUUACAUAUGUUGAUGUACAAAUUUGCUCUACAGCAUCUCUCAAGAUUUUUGUCAAGGCUCUUUGGGUUUCUAAUUACUGGUUCCUUGUAAUGACCUAAUGAUGAAGGACUUCUAAGGGAAAAAACGAUUUGGAAAAAACAUCAGUGACUUGGCUAAAAAGAAAAUUAAAUCACCAGAGCAACAUGUUUCUACACUCCUUUGGAAAGGCUGGAAAAGUAACUAAAUAUAUUGGAUUCAGGGUGUAAAAAGCUUUUGGAAGUGGGCAACAGUUGACACCCAGCCUCUGAGUUGAUUAAGGGGAAGGCAUUAUAUUAGUUUUCAGUCAAAAUACUGACUUCCUGUAAUAAAUGAUGGCUUUAGUAAGCACUUGACUGAACCAUCUGAUAGUAGUUUGCUGAAGGAAUUAUUUUGAGAGUAAAUUAUAGUGAAGUUAUUGACGUUUAUGACACUGAUAACUCUGAUAAACUAGGCUACCUUUUAGACGACAAGUUGGGCUGGUCCUACCUUAUUUAUUAGGAUACAAAACUAAAUUACCACAACGUUAGAUCAUAUCACAUCAUUGAUAUAUUUCAAUUACAAGAAACAGCUAGGGGGGAGUAACUUAAGUACCUUUAGCUUUAACCAAGACUAGUUGUGGCUAUCUCGCCAGCUAGUAUUAGCUUUAUCUGGAGUUGGCUGUUUAGUUUGUUUUUUGCUGAAUGUUGUAGUAAAUGCAAAUUUCACAUGCUGUUUUCUUUUAACUUAUUUUACUAUAUUUUUUACAUACAGUUUAUGAGAAAGAUUACACUAACGUUACUCUCACAGCUGUCAAUUCAAUAUGAAGCUAGCAGCAACUUAGCUUAGCUUAGCUGAAAAUGGGGGAAAUCGCCGCUCCUGGCAACCCGACCAAGUAACUGCUGCAAUAAAACCCAAAUUGUCAUUUAUGCACUUAAUUUUUUGUAUGUAUUCAAAAGCUAGAUAAAAUGUGUUAAUAUGUGAGCUUCAGAGGUGCUGCUUUUUAAUCUUGCACAGACCUAACUAGCUGUUUCCUGUCUUCAUCCUAAACUAAACUGUCUGGUGGCACCGCACGCUGAGCUGCGGUGAACAAAAGGUUAACAAAAGAUGCAAGAGGUGCGUGAGCCUGUCUGAGCAUGUGCCGCUGCUGCUGCUGCAGUGAAGUAAAAUGUGUACAUUUGCAAUCGGAGAGCAGAGACGCCGUGGAGGAGAAGCUGGGGGACAAAUAGACGAGCAGCAGACAGAGCACCGCCGCGACAUCCUGGACAACCUCCCCGGGUGAUGUGUUUGAUCCGCCGGCCUGUGUGCUGAGGGAGACAUCGCAGAGCUUAAUCUGAAGACCUGCAUAUCAUUAGCACAGAUUUGUGUGAAAACAAGAGGAAGGAUGGUGACCUUGGAAACCCCAGAGGCUCCUGUACCUCUGACCCCGCUGUCCCGCUGGUACCUCUACGCCAUCCAUGGCUACUUCUGCGAGGUCAUGUUCACAGCGGCCUGGGAGUUUGUGGUAAACUGCAACUGGAAAUUCCCUGGCGUGACCAGCGUAUGGGCGCUCUUCAUCUAUGGCACCUGCAUCCUCAUCGUGGAGCAGAUGUACCUGAAGCUGCGCGGCCGCUGCCCCGUGCUGCUGCGCUGCAUCAUUUACACUUUAUGGACGUACCUGUGGGAGUUCGGUACAGGGCUGCUGCUGCGCCAGUUCAACGCCUGCCCCUGGGACUACUCCGAGUUUCGCUACAACUUCAUGGGACUGAUCACGGCCGAGUACGCCGUGCCUUGGUUCUGCGCGUCCUUCAUCGUGGAGCGCUUGGUCAUCCGCAAAACUCUGCGGCUGCGCUUCCAUGAGGGACUCGAGGAUGGUUGGUCAAACCAUCAGUCAGAUGCUGGGGGUGGAGGAGGAACUGUGGGGGGUGGGAGGAGGAGAGAGAGGAGCAGAGGAAUGGGAAAUGAUGCUAACGGCUACCUUAAAGGAGAAUGAAUGAAAGAAUAUAAGGAAGGACACAGUCUGAAACCAGCCCAGUUACCCUGCUACACCUCUUCUACCCUCUUCAGGCACUUUUCAUAAGCAGUCCUCCCCCUUAACAUUAUGGGGGAAGACAAACAGACGGCUGUGUAGACUGUGCUGGUGUGCAGAGGUAUACAGAUUAUCAGAACAGCCAGAAAACAAAACCUAACUAGGGCUUCAAAUGCCCAGAUCACUCACUGUGCUCUCUAUUGUCAACAGAGGCACAAUAACUCCAUGCUGCUGCAUCUCAUAAUGCACCCAACCAUUUCCAUGUGGGGCUGACCAGGAUUAUACUUUCAAUAUCUCCUGUCCAAUAGACUGCAAAGACCUCGGGAUAAAAAACACCAAACAACUACUAUUACAAAGAUUAGUGUUAUCGUCCUGUGAAGGAAUUAAUAAUAUUUCUGUUUUCAGGGGCAAAUCAGUCAUAGAAAUGCAGCAUAGAAAUCCUAAUAAAAAGUAGCGACAGGUGUAACAUGUUCUUUUUAAAAUGUACAUAUUGUCCUUUAGUAUUAUUCAAAGUACUGUAGUGAUGUAGCUACAAAAAGCUCUUUAAGAACGUAGUGUCCACCCCUGAAGCAAUGCUCCACGUGUCAGCUUACAUCAUGAAUGUUUCUCUGCAGUUUGUGAAUACCCACAAUGCCUGGAAAAAAUGCAUGAAAAAAAAGUUGUCUUCCAAUAUAAUAUAAAAUUUUUACAGCACUCAUCCUGCAGUCAUACUGUACGUCUCUUUAGUCAGUUUGGUGCUUGUGUCUGGGGGGACAACAGUAGCUCAGGCAGUAGAGCUGGUCGACCAGCUAUCAUGGGUCGAUUCCCGAGUUUUCUGCUCCUGACAGCAUGUUGAAGUGUCCUUGAGCAAGACACCGAAUCCCCCCCAAACUGCUCCCAGUGAGCAGGUCACAGCCUUGCAUGGCUGCUUCUCCGCCAUCGCUGUAUGAAUGAGUGUGUGUGUGUGUAGGCUAAUAUGAGGCAUUUUGAAGCGCUAAAUAAAUGCACUCCAUUUACAAUAAUAGCAGGGGCUCUUUUCUGUUGAUGGCAAUUAUUAUCAUGAGCUGCAGCAUAUAGCACCAAACCUCUUAGCAAUUUCCUCUUUACUGUUUUUCAGAAAACCUUUUUCAUGACUCACUGUCUGCAUGCGUUUUUUGUGUGCUUUAUUGUCGUCUUAGAUCUGCCAGGGUCACAUAAGCCUCAUUACUUAAUUUUCAUUCACUGGAAAUCAGUAGGAACUCCUGUCAAAUCAUACAGUUUGCCUGUGACUGUUUUUUUCCCCUCACGUCUGUUGUCACAUUAUGAAAAAAGUGUUUCAUCAGUGAUAAAAUACUGCAGAAUUUUCUAUUGUACUGUAAGCGUGACAGCAAUAGUCAAUUUUGAGUGACACCGAAUGCCUUGAGUAACUGAAAUGGUUUAGGUUUGUCGUCAGGUUUCCCAGAUUUGAGGUUUUUGACUUUAAGAACAAAUGUCACAUUUGUAAGUUUUGGCCAUCAGAGCAUUUGUUCAAAUAAAGAGCAGGAAAAAUGCAUCAUAUUAUUGUAAUUAAUGAAUUAAUUAACAAGUAUCAAACUUUGCUGCUCUUUUCUUUCCAACAUUAAUGAUCUGUGAGUCACAAUUGGUUUGGUUUCAUUGUGUAAAAAAUGGCACACUAUGCUGCUUUAUAGUGCACGCAAUCCACAUGUUUAAUUAUAAUUUAAAUUGUAGGGAUGAGCAAGUACAGUAAUAUCUGUUUCUGUUCAACAAAUUAAAUUAUCUGGACUUGGAAUGGGCGGAGCUUAACCUGGCCGUGUGGGCGGCACUAACCGUAAGUUAGUUAAUUAAGCCUGAAAUUGGUAUGGGUUGAUCAAAAGUUGCUAUAUUUAUUAGAAAAGUAUUUACAGAACUGCCUCAGAAUUGACCUUCAGAGCAACAUUUUUGAUUACAAUAGUAAGAACAACUUACCAAAAACCAAAAAGUUUCCUAUAUUUAUAGUUUAUUUUUUAACACAUUUUACACAUUUUACUUAAUAUGUUAUCUGUACCGGAUACCCGUUUCAACGGAGUACUCGCUCUGCCCUAAUAAAUUCCUCUAAAAUGCUUAAAACAACACUUAACUUCACAGCACUCCUGUCUUACAUGCCAACAUUUAGACAUUUGAUGCUCCAAGCCCUCUACUCUGGAAGUAGAAAAAGAUGAAGGACUAUACUCUCACCUUCAUGCACACAGGAGCUGAGUCAGUGGAUCUGGUGCUACUGCAUCAAGCAGAAAACAGGCCCGGGCA